AUGGAGAUUGUUUACUCUGUAAUGGUGCCAACAUUGCUGAGGGUUGGCUUUCUACUCCUUCUCCUCCUUUCCUUCCAUGUCGACCUUGGAAUGAGCACCAACGACUAUAUUGAUAGCCGCUGCAACGUCACUGCCAAUUACACGGGUGGAAGCAAGUUUGAAUGGAAUAUGCACGGGGUCUUCACCAUCUUAACAAAGGAUGCCCCUCCCAGUGGUUUUGCCAACGUUACCAAGGGCAAAGGAUUGGAAAGAGUAUUAGCCGUUGCCUCAAUAGACACAUACUGCCCCAACGCAAUCGAUGCCAUCAUGUGGUAUGAAAAUUGCCAGCCCUGCUACUCCAACACCAACUUCUUUGCUCGCCUCAAUGUCGAGGAUUCUGGUUCUUGGUAUUGGACUGCUGACAAAGUGGAAGAACCUAAAGCCUUCAACCAGAAGUUGGGGAGUCUGCUGAAGAAUCUGACUUCUCAAGCGACAACAGAGCCUAAUUCAAAGUUCAUGUUUGUGACAGGCAACAUCACGUCCACCGAUCAAAAGACGAUAUAUGGGCUGGUGCAGUGUACCAGGGACACUACCCUCGCUGAUUGCAGUCAGUGUUUGAUCAGCACAAUCUCCCAAAUCCCAUCGACUUGCGAGAAUGCACACGGCUGUGAAAUUGCCACCGGAAGUUGGCGUGUGAUGUUUGAUACACAGCUCUUUUAUAACAGUACAACAACCCCAUCUCUCACCUCCAUCAAAUUCAAGCCCAAGACCAUCCCCACUGCCCAAUUCACCACCCCCAUCAAGUUCAAGCCUAAGCCUAUCUCCUCCGCCUAA